GGCGCAUUAUUCACUUGUCUAACUACGCGCGCGGUGCAUUUAGAACUCGCCGCGUCAUUGACCACGGAUUCGGCAAUAAUGGCCUUGCGCAGAAUGGCCGCACGACGCGGCUGGCCGCGAGUUAUAUACAGCGAUAACGGGACAAACUUAAGAGGCGCUGAUGCCGAGCUACGAGCAGCUAUGAGGGAAUGGGAGCCCGAGCUCCGCGAAUUUGCAUUAACGCAGCGCGUGGACUGGCGAUAUAUCGACCCCGGCGCGCCGAACCAAGGGGGCGCGUGGGAACGAUUAGUGCGGUCGGUAAAAACUGCGUUAUCAGUCACCUUACACGAUAGAGCGCCGAAAGAGGAAGUUUUGUUGACCUUGCUCGCGGAAGCAGAAUAUACUAUAAACGCGCGUCCGCUUACUCACGUAUCGGUAGAUCCGGCCGAGCCCGAAGCGCUCACACCAAACCACUUCUUGCUUGGGCAACCGAACGUACUGCCCAUUAACGGAACGUAUGGCCGCGCGGGGAAGUAGUCAAAAUCUACCCGGGCCCCGACGGCACAGUUAGGAGCGUAGAAGUUAGGACACGGGGUGGUGUUUUUAGGCGUCCGGCGCGUAAGUUGGCCGUCCUCCCUAAGUGAUUAGGCUAGGUUUUGUUUUGUUUUAUUUAAAAAUAGGGAUAAGAUUUGUUUUUAUUUACACGUAGGAUAAGUUUUGAGUUGAUUGUUUACUGCCUAGAUCGUUUGUUUUUCUUUAUUUCUAUUUUAUUCUUUUUAUUGUUUACCUAGCCUUAGCUCGUAAGACUACGCUGAGGGGAGAAUGUUACGGACGGCCGUGCGCGCCUGGCCGGUCAGAGCUGAAGUUCAGACGAGAAUGAUUAAUUCAAGAGCUCUGAUUGGCCGAGCGGCGUAGCGACCCAUUGAUAGGACCGGCACGAUGUGGGAGACAUCGUGCCGGUAUAAAUAUAAGCUAGUUUUAGUUUGUACGC